UAAAUUAAUUUCUGCAUAAGUCGAAGAAGGCUUGUAAAAACCUAAUUUUCGUUAAAUACAAAAGGAAAAAUAUUUUAAUUUAAAUUUUUAGAAGUCUUGCUGCCUACAUACUUUAUUUUUAUUCUGUACGAUUACUUUUAUAUGGAUAUGGAUGAUAAUUUGUCAAUUCUGUUGUAUGUUGCCGAAGGAACGGGAUUCGAUUUGAAGAUAGGAAAUAUCGUAAUAGUAGCUACCUUAGGAGGAAAAUCUCUUGAAACAAAACCAGUUCAGUCAUCUUCAAAAAUUGAAUUUGAUAAUAAUUUAAUAUGGGAAACAAAUAAAAAGUCUGUGAAAAGAAUGAAAACAGAAAAUUUACCAAUUAAGAUAGAAUGUUUCCUAUCAAGUUUUGCUAAUGGACAAGAAACUUUCAGUUUAAUUGGAUAUGUGUUAAUACCACUUAAAAGUAUUCCUGUAACAUUGUCUAAAAACAGAACGAUGAGUAAACCACACUGGCACAAAUUAUUUGGACUAAAUUCAGAAUGGAAAAUUAAGAAACCUGAGGUGUGCUUACAAGUUUUAAUCAGCGAUGACGUUCCUCAGCGUUCUCUCGGCUUAUAUGGACAGAAAAAUCAAACCAGCAACAACAAUUUUGCAUUAGAUUCUAUUGAAACGAGUGCAAUGCUCUGUAGUCAAAAAGGAUUAUAUAUAGAAUUACUAAACGAAGAGGAACUUUUGCAAGUGGGUGAUAAGAAAACAAACUGUGAUAUAUUUACUCUUAAUUUGAAGUUUUUAAAUGCCAAUAAUUUAGAUUACGCAAUGAACCUUGGAGAAAAUAAGAAUCAACAUUUUAAACUUAAAUAUAAUUUACUUGGAACUUCAGCAUAUUGCUCUUUAGUAUCAACUGAAAAAAAUAUUUUAAGUAUACAGGAGGAAAUCGGUAUUAACUUUAGAACAUCUUUACAAAGUUUACAAGAAUACCUUUCCAAGGUAUUUUAUAUUCCAGUAGAGUUCUUUUAUGGCGAUUCUCUAGUUGGAACUGCACUUUUUAAUUUGAAAAAUAUUUUGCAAGUCGAUAGUUUAAAUGAAUUUUUAGCUAAAUAUGGUUUUACUGACAGAACAUUCAGCUUUAAGGGGACAUUCCCCAUCCAAACUGUAUCAAAUACACCCAAGUCGGCGUUAGUACCGUAUAUGGAAUUUAUUUUUAAUUUGAAACUUUUAUCCACAAAUGAAGUAAGCGACCGUGAAAUUGAAAUACAUAAUAUGCAAAAAAGCGAAUUUGUAGAUAAUGUUUUCGAUGAUAAAAAAGUGUCUGAAGAAAACACAAAUGAAGAAGCGACAAAUAAUGUUGUUGAAGUUAUUUCAAAAAGUCUUUUGAACGACCAAGACAACUUUUAUGACGCGAACAAUAACUCUCAAGUAGUAAAUGAUGAAAAAAUAACAGAGACAAAAUCAGAGAUCGCUUUACUAGAAAAUCUUUCUCUUAAUAAGGAGAGCAUUUUAUUUGGUACUUCAAAAAGCUUUUUAGAUGUGCAAGAAAAUUUUAAUGACACCAAUAAUAAUUCACAUGUUGUUGUUGAUAGUAAAACAAUAGACACGAGAUUAGAAACCACUAUUCAAGAAAAUUCUCCUCUUAAUAAGAAUACUUUAUUUGGUAAAAAUGAAAUCUUAAUAAAAGAAAAACUCAAGAAAGAAAGUCCGAAAAAUAUUCCAAGGACUUUUAGUUUUAAUUUGAUUUUACAAACAGUUAAAUUUAAUCGAUUUGUUGAUACUGGAAUUUGGCAGAUUAGUUUGCAACAUCAAAAUGCCGAUACUACAUAUACCGUAGCAAAUAUAGAAUUAACAGAAAUAUCUUCAAAUUUGAUAGAAUUUAAAAAUUUCAUGUUGCAAUUAUUUUUUUCUUCACGUGCGGAUACCGUUUUGGAAGUUGUUUCAUCUGAAUCCUGUGUUUUAAAAAUUUGUGGGCCUAGAGGAAUUUUUGCUGUUGCAGAAUUAAACAAUGAAAUAUUGCUUACCAGUAACAAAGAAAAACAUUCAGGAGUUGUUCUUAUGGAAAAUCAAAAUGGUGAAAAGUGUGCACUUGCUUAUAUUUCUGUUUAUAUGGAAGAUUUAGGAAUAUCAUUCAACAGUCAAAUAAAAAAACAUGUAAAUAAUGACAAUAAUCCACCAACAAUAGCUGCCUAUUUUGAUGAAAACUUGGCGUACAAAGUAGUUGAAGAAUUAGAAGAUUGGAAAAAAAAGCAAUUAGAAAAUUUUCUUGUUGAAUUAAAACGUAAAGAAGUUAAUCAUUUAGCAAUGCUUUCAUUAGAAUGGCAAAAGCGUAAAAGUGAAUUAGAAAAUUCAUUGAGUAAAAAAUUGGAAGAAUGUUCCCAGUUAUAUGAUACUUUAGAGAAAGCGCAUUUGACUUUAAAAGAAAAAGGAUUAAGUUAUUCUGAGCAUGAAAAAUUAGUUGAAAAGAUCCGGAAAGAUACUGAAGAAAAAUUUUCUAAAAUAAUUACCGGACUGAAUGAAAAAAUUAAAAGAAUUGAAUACGAUAUGGAACAUAAAAUUAAAUUAGAGCAAUUGAAAUAUAAGGAACUAGAAUUAGAAAAUAUAAAUAUGGAAAAAGAAAAAUUUUCUUUGAAAAAAGAUUUGGAUGAAUUACACAAAAUUUGCAAUGAAAUGAAGGAAAAUUAUGUGCCCAAAGAGCAAUUAAUUGCAUUAUUACAAGAUAUGAGUGUACUUCAUGAACGCUUAGAGGAAGUCCAAAAAUCACAACAAUUUUAUAAAUGUCAAUGGGCUAAGCUUAUCAGAGAGCUUCAUAAAAUGAAAAUUGAAAAUUUGCAAACUAUUGAAGAACAAACAACUUUCUGCGGAGCCGUUCAAUUACAUAAUUUGCUUCAAAAUGAGAAGAAUGAGUUUUACAAUGAAAGAGACCAAUUAAAUGAAAUUAAAGCAGCUUUAGAAAAUUCAUCUGACGAUGAUUGUGAAUCAUGUUACGAAUCUGACCGGUAAAUAAGCUGAUAAAUCAAACAAAAAUUUUUUAGUUGUAAUAAAAAAAAUAUGUAUAUGAAAUCUUUUCACUGCCUUGCAAAAUAUUAUCUAUAGCUUGUAUUUUGAAUUAUAAUUUUAUCAAAAAUUAAACGAUCAUAUCCUAAAUUUCGUGAUUUUAAGAAAAAUAUAUAUAUAUUUUAUUAUUUUGCAUUCAUUUAAGUGCUUAUAUACAAUAUCCUAAAUUUUG